GGAGUGGCCGGCGCCGCCGCCGCCGCUUUCCGCUCCGAUGGUCAGGAGCAGUUAAUGCCUGCAGGCUCUCUUCGUAAAAAGAAACUGGCAAAAAGACCUGGAUACAUGAGGCCAGAAGCUCGGCGACAGAUAGAGUUUCAGUCCCUGGGUGCCUGCAAGCCAUUCAACCCAGAAGAGCUCAAACAUGGCAGGCAGUAUGGUGGAGACUUUGAGAACUGCUCUCUACGCAGACAAUACAAGAAUAACUUUGAAUUCUUACGCUGUAGCUCAGUUGCAAAUAGCGCUGUAGCUCCCGCUAAUGGGGUAACAAUGUUGGCCACUGCUGGAAAUACGCCACGGAGCUGCAAAAAUCUUUCACGCUACAAGAGUCCACGGCCAGAAAACACAGUGACACCGGUUUACCCUGCUGCAGCAAUGAGCAAAGAUGAUGUUUCUGGCGUAUGCUGUACAUGGCAGAAGAGUCAUGGUGCUAAAGCGAGUGAGCCCCAAAACCUGUGUGCUUUGGAUCAGACAGAAAUGAACAACAACUGUGAAUAUCAAAACAGAGAUGAUGUUUCUCAUUCGGCUGGAACACAGGCUAGCUUUAGUUCAAGUUUCAGCUUCAUACAGCUUUCCUUGAACUCAUUCUCUGGAGUAAGUGAUGCUGAAGGCAAGUCAACCAGCAAGGAAGCAGAGUAUGUUCUGCAUCCCAGCACCACAAGAAAUCUGCAGAAGCCAGAGGAGACAGUGCAGACUCAUAAGCACUCACAAGCUUUGCAUUGCUUCUCCAGGCCCAGAGAGGAUUUGGAGUAUGAAAAUGAGACCACGGAGAAUGAUAAAUUACAGGACUGUGAGACUGUCUCUCUCUCAGAUACAGAUGCAACGCUUUCAUAUUCUACAGAUUCCUCGGAUGCAGCAUCUGCUGGAUCUUCUGUCACCUCAGGCUAUGAGAGUAGCUUUACUGUUAGUGACCAUAACUGGGAUACUUUGAUGAAAAAGUAUGAACCAGUGCUACAGGACUGCCUGCUUGGUAACCGCAGUACAUUAAAGAUAAAAUCCUUGAUCUUACGGCUUCAGAGGCUUCAGGAAAAAGCAAUAGAGGAAGAUGACUUUGAUAGAGCUGAUAAAUUUAGACGGAAACUGGAAGAACUGGAGAAAGAGAAAAAAUCUUUAAAAUUUCAGCUUCCUUCAAGGCAUCCUUCAGUUAGCAGUUUUUUGGAUAGGUUCAUUACCCAAGUUCAAGCAGCAUUACGCUGGGCUGCUGAUCAUCGAGUUAGACACGAAGGAACCCAUCUUUGGCAUGAAAACGAAUAUAAACUUUUGAGAUCCAGUUAUGAGGAGAGGAUGCAGCUUUCAGCCACAAAACGAAACCAACUUUUGCAAGAAAAGAAAAGGUUACAGAAAGAAACUGAAGACCUCCGAGCAAGACUGGCCGUAUUAGAAGCAAAAGAUCAACAGCUGAGAAGAGAAAUUGAAGAACAUGAUAGGCUUAUUCAGUCACAAGACUGUGAACUGACUGCUUUACUUGGCUGUGUUUCUUUGAAAGAACUCCAGGAAAUAAGCAAGGCUGUGGAUGACACUUUAGCAUCCUCCUAUCAAAUUCCAUUCAGUCUGGAUCUUCCAGGGACAAUAAAGAGCCUUCAGGAAAAAGAGCAAUUGUUCAGCAUGUCCAUUAAAGAAACUACUGCCAAAGUUUGUACGAGCCAGAAACUCUGCAGUACUUUGAGGAGGAAAGUGAGCGAUAUUGAGACUCAACUACCAGCUCUACUAGAAGCCAAAAUGCUGGCUGUUUCAGGAAGUAAUUUCGGGACUGCAAAGGAUCUGACAGAAGAAAUAAGAUCAUUAACGUCUGAGAAGGAGGGGCUGGAAGGACUUCUCAAUGAACUGCUGGUUCUGAGUGCCAGAAAUGUCCGAAAAUUAGAAAGAAUUAAAGAUGACUACACCAGACUUAAACAAGAACUUGAACAAGGAGAGGCUGCCUUUGGUAAGUAA